AUGGAAUGUAUUGAAGAUGAUGAUUGCGAAUUUUACGAUGACGAUGUAAUAUGUUUAGAAGGAGAAUGUGCUUUUAAAUGUUCAGGGGACAAAGAUUGUUUUCCAGAAGGCAAAUGUAUAUAUGAAAUAUGCAAUUGGAAUGAUAAAAAAACCCCAAAUUCAGUGUCUUUAGAUUCAUGGUUGGAAAUAGAAGCAGAUCCAAUAGCAACAACAAUUACUGCACCUGCAACUGCUACAUCAAUUACAUCCGCCGGCAUUACCACAUCAGUUAGUAGUAUAAAUUCAAGUAAUAAUACUACUACCAAUUCUACUAGUGACAGUGGUGGUAAUGCUAAUAAUAGUUUGGCGUUGAAUGCACCGUUUGCAAAAACAAUUUUGGGAAUUACUAUCAGCGUUCUAUUGAUCGGUGUAAUAUUUAUUAUAAUUUGCAUUUAUAAAAGACGACGAAAAGAAAGUAUGCAUCGUGGAUUAAGACCUUUGAAAUUAUCACAUACAAGAACCAGCAGCAGCAGCAGUUUGGAUGGAAGCCAUCGUCGUAGUGGAUCAAAAAGUAAUAUUAUAGGUGAAACUACUACUGUCACAUCACUAUAA